AUACCUAGCAGAAAUGGGAAUAGUCAAAAAAACAUACUACAUAGAUACUAAAGCUUAAUUGGGUACCUAUGCCGUUUAAUUACUUCAUUGAAAUUCCAUUGUCUUGUCUCGAAAGCAUUAUAGUGGGGAAUGUUUUGAGAAAAUCGCUAGGUAUGUAGUAUAGGUGCUCUUUCCUUACCUGAUAUGGAUUCCGAACUGUACAAAAGUGAUAACCUGCACCCUAGAGAAAAUGCAAAUAUAAUCUCAAUUUUAACGUUUUGGUACGCAUGGCCCGUAUUUCUGAAAAACCGAAAAACAGAAUUAGAAGUAUCAGAUUUGCAUAAAACACUUUCUUCUCACAACUCGAAACGACUAGGAGACCAAAUUGAGGAACUGUGGCGAUUAGAGACCGCUAAAGCUUUAAAAUGGAACAGAAAACCUUCUCUUGCAAGAGUACUUUUGAAAAUGUUCGGUGUACAGAUAACGGGGAACCUAAUUGUGACAAUGCUCGCCGAAUUGGGAGCAGUACUGUCACAGCCUAUUUUGUUAGGUGAACUUUUAGGAUAUUAUUCGUCACAGCGGUCCAAAUCCUAUUUAUAUGCAAUAGGUUUGAUAUUAUGCACCGCAUUUUCAUGUUUGACGACAACACCUACCACUUUGCGAUAUAUGGAGAUAGGAAUGAAAGUAAGGGUGGCGUGUACGUCUCUGAUUUACCGAAAAGCAAUUCGAUUAAGUAAAACAGGUCUGGGAAAGACGACCGUUGGUCAAAUGAUAAACUUGGCCUCGAAUGAUGUCGCCCGAUUUGACGUGUUCUGUCAAUUCUCAACCUAUCUUCUCACUACUCCUUUACAAGUGAUUAUUGGAUCGUACCUCAUGUACAAAGAGGUGGGAAUUUCGGCAAUUUGUGGGGUAGCUGUUAUAAUUUUCUACAUACCUAUACAAUUAUUCUCUUCAAAAAUUGUUGCAAAAUUGCGUAUCAAAGCUACACAAAAAACAGACGAAAGGAUACGUUUGAUGAAUGAGAUCAUAUCUGGUAUACAACUUGUAAAGAUGUACGCUUGGGAAAAACCGUUUGCCAAAUUUGUAUCAACUGCACGAAGACAUGAAAUUAAGUUAAUCAAAGCAGCGUCCUGUGUACGAAUCGCUGUUUUGGCUAUGAACCCAAUUUCGCCUCUACUCUGCCUCCUGGUCUCGGUUCUAGCUUGCAUUGCACUUAACGAAAGUGUGACAGCAAAGAAGAUCUAUGUUUUGAUCUCCUAUUUUGGAAUUCUUCGUAAAAGUGCUUGCACUAUCUUCCCACAAGCUGCAUUCCAAACGGCGGAAAUUACUGUUGUUUUCAAACGACUGAAUCGAUUUUUAAGUCUUGAAGAAAGGAUGCCGGUUUCUCUCAUGAAUCAGAAUUCAAAUCAAACAGUACAGACCAAAGAUGUAAUUUUCAUUCAAAAUGGCUUAGCCAGAUGGAACGAAUCACCCACGAGCUUUGAAUUGAAAGACGUUAACAUUAAAAUAAAGCCCCGUGCAACUGUUGCCAUAAUUGGUCCGGUGGGGAGCGGUAAGAGCAGCACAUUGCAACUUUUGCUGCAAGAACUGCCACUAGCAGAAGGUCGCCUGCAAAUACAUGGUAGUUUAAGUUAUGCGUCUCAGGAUCCAUGGGUAUUCAAUGGUACGAUUCGACAAAACAUUUUAUUUAAUCAUCCAUACUCGAAAGAGCGUUAUGAAAAUGUUAUCAGUAAAUGUUCCUUGAAAACGGACUUUGCGCAAUUCGAAAAUGCAGAUAUGACUAUUGUCGGUGAACGAGGUAUUACUUUAAGUGGAGGGCAACGUGCCAGAAUCAGUUUAGCAAGAGCUAUUUAUCGGGACGCGGACAUUUAUUUACUGGAUGACCCUCUAGCAGCAGUAGACGCAGAAGUUGGACGAGAAAUAUUCAAAAACUGCAUUACUGACUUCUUGCAAAAAAAGACUGUCAUCCUCGUGACGAAUCAUCUGCAACUUUUGCAAGACGUAGACAGCAUUAUAAUUCUGGAGAACGGCCGCGUGAAAGCACAGGAUACAUUUUCCAAACUGCAAGAGUCUGGCUUAGAAUUUGCCAAACUUCUCCAACUCCACGGCAAGGAAGAAGAAAAGGCAUUGACAAAGUCAAACGUUGUAAAACCACUAAGUGUCCAUAAACUGAUCACCAGUACCGAUGAAAACAAAUCGACGGGUGCUAUUUCGAGACAUGUUUACAGAAAGUACAUAUGCGCCGGAUCACAUUUGCUUGUUGUGGUUUUUGUAUUAUCGUUAUUUGUAGUUUUGCAAUCCAUUAUAAGCUUUUCGGAAGUUUUUAUGGCGCACUGGGUGAUUACCGCUGAAAAAAGUUCCGAUCGAUACGAAAACUACCCCAGCAACGAAACUACCAGAGACUUUUGGAAUUUUUCUAGAUCAACCUACAUAUACAGUUACACGGGAAUUAUUAUUCUGGUCAUAAUCGUGGCAAUUACUCGCAAUCUCUCUUUUGUCAUACUAUGCGUGAGAUCAUCAACAAGACUACACUAUAAUAUGUUUAAUAGUAUCCUCAGGGGAACAAUGAGAUUCUUUAAUCUGAACUCGUCCGGGAGGAUUUUAAAUCGCUUUUCAAAGGAUAUGGGAACGAUCGAUGACACGUUACCAAGCAUAACCAUGCACGCGAUACAUAUGAUCUUUACGUUAAUUGGAACGAUUAUCGUUAUUUCGUCUGCUACUCCCUGGUUUUUGGUUCCAAUUGCAGUAUUAAUUUUCCUUUUCUUAUCACUAGCUUCUUUGUACCUGCUGACUAGCCGGAAAGCCAAGCGUUUGGAAGGAAUUACCAAAAGUUCAGUUUUUGGACACAUUAAUUCAUCUAUUCAAGGAUUAACUACAAUUCGCGCAUUUACAGCUGAGUCUAAAUUGAUAGACGAAUUUGACAAACAUCAAGACUUGCACAGUGCUGCAUGGUUUUUAUUCAUAUCGUCUUCGCAGGCUUUUGGAUAUUACUUAGACGUAGUUUGUUUAAUUUUCGUGUGCACAAUUAUAUUCGGUAGCAUGUACUUCGUAAGCUUUAUACAUGGGGCAACGGUCGGUUUGGUAAUCACUCAAGCAUUAGGUUUUGUAAAUCUGUUCCAGUGGGCAACGCGACAAAACGUGGAAAUGGAAAACCAAAUGAUUGCAGUGGAACGAAUACUGGAAUAUAAUGAUAUAGAACACGAACGAGCUUCAGAAGGUGUACCCCCAGACACUUGGCCCAGUAGCGGUAAAAUCGAAUUUGUUAAUGUGAACCUGUACUAUUUCCCCGAUGAGCCCCCUGUACUGAAAAAUUUGUCAUUCACAAUCGAACCACUAGACAAAGUGGGGAUAGUUGGCAGAACUGGUGCAGGAAAGUCAUCACUCAUCAAUGCACUCUUUCAACUCGCCGAUACUAGUGGAUUAAUUACGAUUGACGGACUCGACGUUAAAGAAAUGAACUUACAAGAUUUUCGAUCCAAGUUAUCCAUAAUACCUCAAGAACCAGUCCUCUUCCUAGGUACUCUUCGAAGAAAUCUUGAUCCGCUUGACAAGUAUACAGAUGACGCCCUGUGGAAAUCACUGGAGGACGUGGAAUUAAAAAAAGUAAUUGAAGAUUUAGGUUUUGGCUUAAACUCUUUGGUGUCGGCGGAAGGUUCAAACUUGAGUGUAGGUCAGCGACAACUCAUUUGUUUAGCCCGUGCAAUUUUAAAUUAUAAUAAGCUGCUGGUAAUUGACGAGGCCACCGCGAAUGUGGAUCCCUGCACCGACUCGCUCAUCCAAAAGACCAUUCGGAAGCAAUUUUCCCAAUGCACAGUACUGACAAUCGCACACAGAUUAAAUACCAUCAUAGACUCGGAUAAAAUCAUGGUCAUACAUGAAGGUACUGUAAGUGAAUUUGGUCAUCCACACAUUCUUCUACAAAAUCCAAGCGGGGCAUUUUAUCAGAUGGUUUCGCAAACCGGUAUGGCAAAGGCUCUUUUCGAGCAAGCGGAGGAGAACUACAAUCGGAUGGAAGAACGUACUAGUAAAAUGUAAUUUGAAAUUCCGUUACAUUAAAUUCGUGGUGUACGGUUCAGCGUUUUUUACGGACAUACGAGACAUUAGAGACAAGACUGUCAAUUACUGUAAUCUGUUGUAAUCUGUAAUUUUGUCGGAAAAACGGAAAAAAAAGUGACAUAAUACACAGAAAUUAAUUUUUUUGUCA